AUGCCCUCAACGGGUUCCGGCUACACCUUUGAGGACUUCCUCAAGCGGAUGGAGCGCAGCCCCACGUCACAUAUGUCGCCACUCUACCACGAGCAUCGGGAACUAUUCGUUGGCCGCCCCGACAUGUUCACUCGCGCUAUUAGCUCCGUUUCGUGGGAGAAGGGGUGUGCGUUGGUCGACGCCGCCUACCACUCGCAGCCCAUCGCAGUCGACACGUACCGUGCCCUGCUGGCCCGCAUGUUGCUGCACAAUCGCCAUGUACAGCGCAGCGGUGCCGGUAGCCUUGUUAUGUGGAAGGCGGCCUUCCGCACAUACUCGGAGGCCAUCCUUUCCCACGGAAAUGCUGUUCCCACACGCAUGACUUUAUCCACGCUGCGCUUGCUUGCUCCGCACCGCCAGUGGGAAGCCGCCGUGUCUUUACUGAAGCUCAGCCAGGCGAACGAGAAGCUGACACUUCCGAUGCUUGUUGACGCCGCUCGUUGCUCAGCGACGCCAGCGACGUGGCCUAUGGCAUUGGACUUUCUCAGCAUGGUGCAUGCGCAGGCACCCAACAUGCUCGCUGAUAGCAUACAGAGUCUGCGGCCGCUUGGUACAAGCGCCGCAACAGUAUCUGCUGCUGCGAAUGCGAUGCUGGUGGACAACAGCAAGGGGCCGACGGCAGAACAGAGACACGUUUUGUCGGUGCUUAACGAUGUGGUAGCGGCUGUGCCAUGGAAAACGGCACUGUCGAACGAGAUGUGUGUGUCCUACCUCACGUAUCUUGCCGCGAGUACGACGUACCCAUCGCAGGAAAAGACUGUUGCGCUCACAGCCGUGUUGCGGCAGUACCCGUGGGAGGCAUUCAAGCAGCUGAUGAUGAGGCAGAGUGUUGUGCUGCCGGCGGUCUCUGGUGAGGCCACUUCGCCGCCAAUCCCGGAGGACAAGAAACUGCUGCAUCAGCAACAGGAGUAUAAACUGGAGGCUUCACCACUGAACUACCCCGCAGUUCAAGAAAGCCUGCUGCUGCUUAAAAGUGAACCCGAGACAGCGGUGCCAUUUAUUGCAGCUAUCGUUGAGAAACUUCCUUCCGCCGAGGUCUCCGCCUCGUUUCUUCACGAGACGGCCGACAUACAUCGCGACACUAGGGUUGCCGCUGCGCUGCGCCACCCCUUGGUGGUGAGUGCCCUGCUGCGAAAAUGCGCGGAACAUAAUGAAUGGCGUCUCGCGUCCUCGGUAAUGCUGUCGAUGUCCCCAAGCACGAUUCCAUGCGACGUAGCCAGCACGCUCGUGCUGCAGAUGCGGGCUGCUAAACAGGCAUCCCUGGUGGUGGAGAUACUACAAAAGUGCAUUGUGCCCUCAAGGACCAUGCUGACGCAAGAAGCAAUGGAGGCGGUGCUCCUGUGUGUGCUCGCACAUAAUCGCGCCAUAACCGAAACCGCAUCACUCACAUUCCCCAAGACGCGAAAUACGAACACCACGGCAGUGAUACACUGGCGCUCUGCGUUGAGUUGGGCGGUGGACUUGCUGCAGGACGACACGGAGGGACGCAUUGUGGAGACAGGCUCCGCUCCCUCCAAGGGCGCCGUGAGACACACGCAUACCAAGGUGAUUCCACGCCUAAAGCCCAUGUCUUCUCGCAUACUCAGUCUUCUUAUUCACAUUUGUGUGAACGCCGGUAGUCCGCAAGGAGCAUUGCAGGCAAUGGGAUAUGCUCGCACUGUCAACAAGACGGAGUUGGCCAUGUCAGAUGAGAUCCAAGCGCUUCUGUACUGCAUGCUGUACGACCG